CGACAGCAGCUCCUCUCAACGUCUUCACACAACAGAGGCUUCAACGUCUUCACGGCGGCUGGUGGUGGCUGCAUCUUCUUCUUCCAAGGCUUCAUCACCCAGAGACACUUUGCUUGAGAUGAUAAAAAUGAAGGCUGGGAACUUCUGGUUCUUUCUUCUAUGUUUAUGUGUUGUCUCUUUUACUGCGAUUUCUGUGGGUCCACCAACUUGUCCUGCAGAUAUUGGUAGUGAAUGUGGCGUUGGUACGGGUGAAUGGAAAGGGGAAUUCUUUUCUGGCAUUCCCAAGAUUAAGUAUGAGGUAAAAGCCAUCUUGGAAAAUGAAAACAUGAGAUGCAUGUUAGAUAAAUUGCUUCAUCGACAUUCAAUGUUUUUUAUUUAA